AUGGCCGAGUUCCUGCCUUUGUGCGACGUGCUUUUCAAUGUGAUCUCAUUGGCUGGGUAUUUUUGCGACGUAGUGUUCGACGUCGUGAUGGGCUAUGCACUCUUAGAACGAGGCUAUAAGGGCACGUUUGCAGCUGCCAUAUCUAUUGUUAUCACGUCGCUGCUUAUAUCACAGGUGCUUUCCCUCCGGUGGUAUCUUCACGUGUGGUGGGCAGGCGAGGGUCGGAAGGGUCGGCCGCCAUGGUUACCUAUAAUGCUGCACUGCCUACAGCUAGGUGUGUUAUGGCGAUAUGCAAGAUUGUUGGUGCCCGUGGAACUGCGCCGAGUAAAACAUCAAGUGAGGGAUUUAUGUAUGUUGCGGCUAGUGCAUGCGUUCUGCGAAGCUGCGCCGAUGUUGCUACUGCAGCUGCACAUUUUAUUCAAAGACGCAAGUCGGGAGCAAAUUAACGAACUCGGCGUCACUCCAGACCCCAACAUAGAUGAGCCUGCCGCAAACAAGGCGUUUGCGGAACUAAACGUGAUUUCGGCAUCGCUGUCUCUGUUCUCCGUGUGCUGGGCUCUCGCCAGCUUCAGUAAAAAUGUGCGACUGCAGAACGUGCACCGACUCGUCCUCACGUGGCUCGGUGUUAUAUUCCAGUUCCUAUGGAGGCUGGGUACUAUAUCAGCACGGAUCUGCGCUCUCACCGUGUACGCUCUAGUCUAUGAGUAUUGGGUUUUCUUAGUUAUAGGUCUUCACUGGCUCUCCAUGUUCCUGUGGCUGAUCUCCCCGAAGAAUGUGUUCCACGGCGAGCGCAUCAGUCGUCCGCGCAAGGCGUAUCUGUCCGCGCUCAUCGCCUUCGUCUACGUUUUCGCUUAUGUUAACUUGCAGGAGCUUAAUCACAGACAAAAAAUGGUGACGUUCUACAGCGUGAUGUGCGUGGAGAACUGGCUGCUGGUGGUGGCGUGGUGGUGGUCGGGCCGCGCCGCGCGCCCCGCGCCGCUCGCCGCCGCCGCCGCCGCCAGCUUCAGCGCCGGCAUCGCCUUCAUGCUCCUCUACUACAGAUACUUUCACGUUCGGAGAUUAGGAUAUAUGUUGGGCGAACAUCAGCAAGGAACAAACAGUACCAACACAUCUUCACAAAAUAAAGAUGGUAAACAAUCGAACCAGGCCGACAACGCGACGAUCCCAGGCGUGUUCAACUGUCGGUUCUCAAACCCCGUGACGAGCAGCGCGGCCAACGGUCGCAAGAAGAAGAAGCCCACAUCGUUCGUGCCCCUCCCUCCUCCCGCGGCGCCCCCCCACCCCGCGCCGCAGCCCGCCUUCUGGCGGAGGCCACUGCCCGCCGCUCACAAUCACCAUGGAGGCUCAUCAGAGAAUGAAGGGUCAAGCGUCGGCUCGCGCGUUAACAUCCAGCAAAAACUUCAAGAGAAGAAACAAAAGCAACUUGCCGAGUUACGUGUCAUAGAAGAAGAAAUCAAACAGGGCAAACUAGCCAAAACGACUCCAGUCGCCGCCGAAGAAAUAUACAGCAGUUUACAACGACAGCCAAUACCGAGAGCUAAAACUCACGCGGAACCCCCGGCUUGGCCUAGCAUAGAAAUGACCCACUCGUAUCAAAAUUACCCUGUGUGUAGCAUUUACCCUACGUAUACAGAAAUUAAACCAGACUUCAAUAUUAACUUCCAAAGUAGCGAAAACCCUCAACAAGACAUGAACGAUCCACUAAAAAUGCGAAGAUUACCAAACAGAUACGACAAUACACGAACAUUUUACGAAAACCCGGCCAAUAUGAGAAGUGACGUCACAAGAACGCCAUUAGGGUCACCUAAUUACCUCGCUUUAAAUGAAAAUAGGAGUUAUGAUGCGAAUGCAUGCGGUAGUCCUAGAAAUGUUUUAAAUAAUAGUCCCAGGACUUAUAUGCCUGAUGUCAGUAAUAACUACCAAAGUGGGCUAGAUAAACCUAGAAUAGCUCAAAGUUCUAUAUACUCUGAAGAUCAUAGACAAAUCGGCGAAUAUUCUGGUUACUGCGAAGGUAAUCAGUAUUCGAAAUAUGAAACUAAAGACGAAUAUGUGUCUGCAUUACACAGUGCUCUCCACGUACAAAGUAUAGACAACGUAAGGAAUAAUUACGACGUUUGCGGGCAGUACAGUCAGAAUUGUGAGAGGUUCCAAUACCCAGGUCUUGCUAGCAAGAAGAUGGAACAGAUGAGGAAAAUGCAGAGGUGUAGGACGCCUGAGAUUCUGCUUGCUCCUCAUUAUUUGGAGGGGUGUAAUCGACAGGUGUGCUGUCACUGGGGAGCACCAUAUACAAACAGGAAAAAAGAAGAGGGUGGAGCUAGUAGCGGUGAAGAAUCAAGCCCCGAUGGACCAGCGAGGGAGACGCCACGCCCACCCAGCGACAUCGAUAGCCAGAUAUCUCUUCCUCGCUCGUACACACUACCGCGGGAGUUUAGAUAUUGGCGACGAAGACCGCGACUAAGAGACGCACAUGUACCCAGCAAUAAUAGCAGUGAUGGUGACGUGGACAGCGGUGACAACGACAGCGACCGCCGUUCGAACUGUUCGGCAAGCUCGCAACUACAAAGCCCAACGUACGACUACUACCGCGCUGACGUGGUGCCACGGGACGAGGGGCUGUAUGCAUCCGCCCUCGGGCCUGCGCUGCCUCUGGGCGUAGCGGCGGAGCGCCGGCCGCGCCGCGGGCCACACGUCACGCACGCGCCGCACAGAAAGCAACCCAUCAAACCGGAGACCAAGUUAUAG